CGUCAGUGCGCAGCCCCGCCGCAGGAGACGUCAUGAGCGUCUUACUACCCAACAUGGCGGACUUUGAUACCAUUUAUGAGUUGGAAGACGAAGAGGAUGAGCACGUAGUGAGUGAAGAACACUUGCCCAGAUAUUGUCCGGAGCCCGUGGUGAUGCGAGGGGCCGGGCACAUCACAGUGUUUGGACUGAGCAACAGAUUUGACACAGAAUUUCCCUCUGUUCUUACGGGAAAGGUAGCACCAGAGGAAUUCAAAACCAGCAUCAGCAGGGUGAACGCUUGUUUGAAGAAGAACUUGCCUGUGAAUGUGAAGUGGCUUCUCUGCGGCUGCCUGUGCUGUUGCUGUACAGUAGGCUGCAGUCUAUGGCCUGUUAUCUGCCUCAACAAGAGAACAAGACGAUCUAUUCACAAGUUGUUAGAGUGGGAAAAUAACCGAUUAUACCACAAGCUGGGGCUGCACUGGAAACUCAGUAAAAGAAAAUGUGAAAGCAGUAAUAUGAUGGAAUAUGUGAUUCUUAUAGAAUUCUUACCCAAAUAUCCUAUAUUCCGACCGGACUGAAGAGGCUGUUCAAAGACUGGAUGUGUGGCCCUUGAAUCUUAUCCUUAGUGCCUUGUAUAUACAGUAUGUUGGAAUGAGGGUUCUGCACCGUUGUCUCUCGUGACGACCCAUGUUCAUCCCCCAGUACCUUGUACAUUAGAAUUUGCAACACUGUCACUUUGCUUUAGAGCAGAUUUUGCACAUUUUUCCCGACAGAACUAGACAUGUCCCCUUUGUUGCACUCGGAUGUGUUUUUUGUUACAUGUGACAAACAAGUGAAACUCUCCAAAAGUGCAUUUACCCCAAAGAACCAUCAAUUUAUCCCAUAUAUAUCAUAUCAGUAAUCCCUUGCAAAGAAUGUGAUGCCUCCACCUUCCUUAACUAUCCUUGCCUUAUGUAUGAUUUUAGUUUUUUAAAUAACUCUACAUGUAAGAGUUUGGAGGAAGGCACUGGGUCAAUCAACACGUCUGUAGAUUCAAAUGCUGUUUGUUGGGUUUGAAUCCAGUUCUUUGCAAGUAGAUGGGAUGGUUGAAAUUGCCUAACGUACAGUGUACGUCAUCACCCUGUGUUCUCUCUUUACAUUUGACCCUCUGUAUACGGGACAUAGCUAGUAAAAAUAACUUGACCUGUAAAUACCAUGUUAGGAUAAGCUGUACAGUGGCAUACCAUUGUUUACAUAAAGUUACUUAGCUCUUUAGUUUUUCUUUUUUGCCAAUAUAUUGCUGUACCAUAGUUUAAAUGAAUGAAAUAUGUUUAUGUACCUUUCUAGUUUAUAUGGACCUGUUUACCUUGUAAGCCAUAUAGUUACAAUGUACCUGAUGCCAGAGUUUAGGACUGUUUAUUGCACUCGAGCCCAGUAGAAAAUCUGAAUUUCAGACGAUAAUGCAUCCUGAAGAUUCAUCCACAGCCGUGCAUGUUACCAUGUGGUUUUGCCAAUAAAGAUGACAUUCAACGAGCCGUCAUCCAAUAAAACUGGAGAUGGUUGCAUCUCUUAUGUGCAGCUAGAAGAUAAUGAUUUUAAACUUAGCUCCUCCACUCAUCUAUUAAAAAAAAAAGAAAAUCAUUUAAUCUCAAUUUUGCAUUAAUUUUUUAUAGUUUUGUACUCUUCCCUGUGUUUGCUCCUUCGACGUGUUAGGAAACACGUACAUCUACAGUUCAUGGUGUAUCGAGCAGAUGGUUCUUUUGUUUCAGUCAUUAUGUCCAGUGUUGGUAUUAUUUUCCUGAAUCUUAGUCAAGGGAUUGCUGCAUUGCGUUGUAUUAGUGUGCCUCUGGAAUAGUUGGUGAACCACAGAGAAGACGGGUUGAAAUCUGUUCUCUUGUACAAAGGAGAUUUUAAAUCCUCCUCGCAGUAUUGUCCCUGUUACAAUUCUUGUAAAUGUUUGUCAUGACCUAAUCCUUACGGAGAGAGAAAAUAAAUGGUUGAUUUUGA